UCAUUUGAGCUUUGAGACAAAGGACAUCCCCUCACAUUUCUCUCCUCACCCCUGCGGCCAGCAUCCAAGGAAGAACAAAGAAAAAAUCCUCCAUCCUUCAUUCUCCAUUUUUGAAGAAAGCUCCACAAGGAAGGACUUCAAGAAAAAUAGCUAAAGUGCUAAAAGUGUGAAAUAAUUAAGGCACUUGUAAAGGGUAUUUCAAGUGAUUUCACAACGUUGGAAAAGUCGCCGGAAUUGUCGCCGGAGUUGACCAAAAGUCACCGGAGUUUCACCGGAGUUCAACCAAGAAGGGUAGAACUUCAUAACGCUAGUUCAAGGUUGAAGCUAGGGCUUGCUACCUGCACCUUUCUACGGGUGACAUCAAAUCAAGGAAGACGUGAAAUGGAGGGCAGGCGAAUGCGGACCAGGAACAAUCCGAGGGGGCAGGCGCCGGUAACAUCCCAAAGGGGAAGCCGGGCUGCAUCUCGGGGUUCAAGAGGAGGCCGUGGAGGCCGUGGAAGCCGUGGAGGUCAUCAAGCUCAAACUGUGAGUGAUGGCCAUGUAAGCUCGGUGUAUGAAACCAACACCGAGGACUACGACUCUACGUAUGUUCCUGAGACAGAGCAUGAGGAGACCCCAUAUGAUGGGGGUGACACAUACACCGAUGAGGACAAUGAUGAAAGUGAUGCCCGCUUCGCCCAAAUGGGUGAAUUACUUGAGUGGUAUCAAAAGGAGAAACAGAGGAGAG